ACCAUAAACGUAAAAACGGUGAGUUUUGGAAACACGAGAUCGAAGACAAGCUGGAGCUAGGGUUUGCCCAUCUUCGAAGAUCGCCGCCGAUGGCGUCCGACGGAUUGAGCUCCGGUGCGGCGUCCUCCUCCUCCUCUAGCGCCUCCUCUUCGUCCUCGUCGGCUGGCGAUUCCUAUAUCGGUAGCUUGAUUAGCCUCACCUCCAAGUCCGAUAUCCGCUACGAGGGCAUCCUGGCCUCCAUCAGCCCCCAGGACUCCACGAUCGCUCUCCAAAAUGUGAGGUCGUUUGGAACAGAAGGACGAAGGAAGGAUGGACCUCAGGUCCCGCCAAUUGACAAGGUUUAUGAAUAUAUUCUCUUCAGAGGAAGCGAUAUCAAGGAUCUGCAAGUUAAGUCGUCUCCUGUUCAUUCAAAGCCUCAGGCAUACAGUGACCCAGCUAUAAUUCAGUCACACUAUUCUUAUGCACCUGCUUCUACUGGUUCAGCUACAGUCGGAGGUAGAACAUUUAGUGGUCCAAGUGCUCAUUCUGGAAACUCUGCUGGUGGCAUGAGUACAAUUCCAGAUGCAUCAUCUUUAUACAGAACUGCAGCCCAUCUCCCUUCACCUACUUCUACAGAUAUAAAUGGUGUUUCUUUGUCUGCUCCUGCAUAUUGGCAAGAAUAUGCUGGUGCAACAGGGGCCUUAGGUCAUUCCCAACAACAAUCUGUUCCUUCUCCAAUCUCUUCGGUGCCGCUGCAUAAUGAGUUGCAGUAUGGUAAGGGUCUUGCACCCUCCAGCAUGCCUCAGCUUCCACAGCAAGCUCACGGUUUGACCUUUAACUCUAGCACGACUCCUCUGUUGGUACCCGCUAAUUCUUCUGACUUGUCAUCAUCAACCAGCAAUGCUUCCUUGUUAACUCACCCCUUGUCUCAUUCUUCUUUGUCUUUGCCAUCUCAUUUGCAACCAUUAUCUUCAUUUGCUUCACCUGAUCAAGAGUUAAAUAUUAAUAUGAAAUCCUAUUCCUGGCAGACCAUCACCUCUGUUAAACCCUCUCGACCCUUCUCUGCCAUAUCCAUCUUCAAUGAUGAGCAAUACUUCUGGUCCAUUGCCAUCAUUCUCUUCCAUUCCAGAUGUACUGGUAACUUCUACACCAAUGUUGAUCCCUGAGCCUAAAAAUAUGAAGCCUUCACAACCAACUUCAUUAAACGCAUCCCCCUAUUUGCUGUCUCAAGCACCAUUGUUGCCGCUACCGCAGUCUACUGAGCAGCUUCAACAUGGUGCUACCCAUUUCACUGAGGAAUUUGAUUUUGAUGCCAUGAACGAAAAGUUCAAAAAAGACGAAGUUUGGGGGUCGCUUGGAAAAGGUGAAAGGAAGUGGCUCAACUAGAGAUGGAACAGUAGAUGAUCCAACCUGUGGCAAUCUGGAGUUUGAAGAGGGUUUUGGCCAUCGUCCUCAGUAUGACAGCAAACAUGUUUAUAACAAGGAUGACUUUUUUGACACACUUUCCUGCAAUUCACUUAAUCGUGGUGCAUGGAAUGGGCGUGCAAAAUACUCUGAGCGCAUGAGAGUUGACACAGAGACGUUCGGUAAUUUUCAGCAGAGACCACCUAUGGAUAGUGGGUAUGCUGGUGCCCCUCCUGAGGCAAAUUUCCGGGGAUAUUAUAACCGAGGAAGAGGUUAUGGCUAUUAUGGUGGAAGAGGUGACGGGUAUUAUGGUGGAAGAGGUCGUGGUGUUUACCGACCCAUGUAAUAUUUCUCUUUUUGAGACACUGACCAGAGGUAUGUCUUCUUGAGGACAAUAGCUUUUUGUUGGGCCCUGAGAUGUAAAUGUUGCUGCCUGGUAUAUUAUUCUUCAGGUGCAAAAUGAUCCGUGUGAUCACGAGAGCCAGUUCUUACCCUAAACAUAUACAUGAAUACUGUAUUUUAGGAACGGUGUUCAUUAGUGUGUUCAUUAGUGUUUAACUUGCGCACUCUUGUAAAACCCACGAGAAUUUUUAUCCACAUAUGUUUAAAAGCUUU